AUGAGUUUAUAAUAAAAAUCAUCUUGGGCAUAAUAUAAUUCACCUAAUAUACAAUAGCCAAAUAGUCCAUAUUCUGAAUAGCUCUCAAGAAAAGAUUAAAUAGAAGAGUAAUAGGAUGUUAUUGAAGAAAAAUACUUUGUAAAGAAGGUUGGAUCAAAUUAGAAUUAACGAUUUGAAAGUGAUUUUACAGUUCAAGAUUAAGAUAAACGUACUUAUUUAGAUUUAAAUAAAUAGGAAAUAUAUUACAUUAAACUGCAUUAAGAUAAGAUGCUAGAAUUCUUGAACUUUUAAUAUUAGAUUAUUAAAAUCUACUUAAAGAAAAUAAAAAAUAAGAAAGAUUAAGAAAUAAGAGAAGAAUCUCAUCAAUUUAAAAUGAUGAAAAUGAUGAAAAUGAUGAUGAAUAAAUUAUUGAAAUAGAUUUUGAUAUUGAAGAUUAUUAAUUUUCAGAAAUAUAAGAUUAAGUAAAGAAGUAUGUUUAAUAACCAGAUAUUUUUGGAUGUACUCCUAUUUAAAUCUGUUGUUUUUUAAAUGAUUCUAAAAAAAAUUAAAAUAGAUAAGAAUGUUUGAAAAUUUUAAUUGAAAAUGGAUCAGAUGUAAAUGAAGUUAAUCCACAUAAUUAAUGGAGACCUUUACAUUGGUGUUCAUUUUAUGGUGAUAAAUCUAGUGUUCAAUUAUUGUUAUAAAACAAAGCCUAUUCAUUUUUAUGUGAUAAUAAUGGUUUUUACCCAAUAGAUUUAUCAGGCAAAAAUAAACAUGUUUAAGUUCUAGAAAUUUUAAUAGAAAAUCUAGUUGACUUUUUAAGUGACUGUUAAUUAUUUUGGAAUGACUAAUUGAGAGGAAAAAAAGAAGAUGAAUUUAUUGAAUUUUAAGAAAUUUGCUUAAAAUAUGAAGCUGAAUUAUAAAAUCCACUACUUUAUACAAAAAUUUUAUUUUGGUGUUGUAAAUUUGAAUUUAAUAGAUUCAUCAUAAAGAUUCUUUAAAGUUUACCUAGAAUUUAUAUUAUGUAUCCAAUUAAAUCUUUAGAUUCUUAAACUUGUCUCCAUGCUUGUUGUUCUAGUAAUAAUUCAGAAGCUUUAAAAAUGAUAAUUAAAUUUGAAAUAUUGGAUUUAUCAAAAAUGAAACCUGAAUCAGGUUAAUCAAAGAAAUAAUUAAAAAAAGAAUUAAGGAGAUAAGAAUACUUUUGUAAACCUAUGAACUAAUAUUUAGAGUAAAUUACAAAAAAUGAAAUUCAUGGAAUAAAUCUAAUUUUAUAAAAAAAAGACACUUAGAUAUAUAAAGAAAGGUAUUAUCAUGAACUUUAAAGAUAUUUAUAAUAAGAUUAAAUUUAUAAACAAGAACUUGCAAAAAUUAAUUAUCUAAUUUUAAAAUUGAAAGAUUUAGAAACUUAUGGUUUAGCAAAAUAAUUAUUUUGUAGGAAUGUUUUAAACAUAAAUGUAAAAGAUAAUCAUGGAAAUACACCUUUACAUUUAGCAUCUUUAAAUGGGGAUUAAAAAAUUAUUAAAUUUCUUUUAAAUAAAUAUGCUGACCCUGAAGCAGAAAAUAAUGAAUUCUUUAGAGCAAAAUAAUUAACUAGAGAUUUUGCAACAUAAUUAUAUUAUGAUGGUCUUAUAAAAAAAUAAAAAUAUAUGAUUGGUUAAUCAUAAUUAUUAUAAUCUUUUGAAUUAAUAUUUUCAAAACAUAGAUAAAAGAAAUCAAAAAUUAGUACAAAUUUUGAAGACUAAUAUAAUUUAACUGAAAAUAUCAAAUAGAAAUCAAAAUACUAUAGAAUGUAAUUGAAAACUAGAAAAUAAGGAAAAAUAUCAUCUUAAAAAAAGAAAUAAAAAGAUAUUUCUAAAUUUGAUUAGUUUGAAACUCCAGAUCUUAGAACAUCUACUGGAAAAGAAAAAUCAAAUUUAAUUAUAAAACCUAAAAAAACAAAAAUACCCACAAAUAAAAUUAUUCCUUUAGAUUUAGAUCCUUAAACAACAAAUAAAAAAAAACCAAGAAAUUAAUAUGAUCAAGUUGAAUAAUUAAUGUUAUUUUCUAUUUAAUUAUUUGUUCCAGAUUUAGUAAUAAAAUUUGAUUAAUCUGUUUAAGUAAAUAUAAUGGAUUAUUUAACAUUAAAUAAAUCUUCCAAAUCAGAUGAAUAGAAAAAGUUAAUAGAGUAAUAAAUAAACUUUUAAAUAGAUCUUUUAUCAAAAGCAGAGUUUGAAAUUUAUAUGAUGAAAUCUUUUAUUUCAGAAGAUUACAUCUAUUUAAUGUUAAGAAUAAAGGAAGAAAAGUUGGAAAAGUUGGCAUAAGAAAUGGAAAUGUAAAUUAAGUUAAUUGAUUCUUAUGAUUUAGAAUAAUUUAAAAUUAAACAAAGAAAUUAAUUUGAACCUUUUAGAUCCAGUUAAAGAUAGAAAAUUGUAUAUGAACAUUUAAGGAAAUCAAUAAAUUUAGAAUCAUUACUAAAAUCAAAAUUAAUACAUUCAUGUUAUGCAAUGCAUACAUCAGGUGGUAUUUAGAUAGUUAAAAAAGAAUGGCAAAAAUUAUUUUAUGGAAUUAUUCCAUAACCAAUUUGUUAAAUAAAAGAUUAUUUAAGUGAAGGGAAAGGAAGGAACUUUACAUCAUUAACUACAAUGAGAUUAUAUUUUGGAGAAUAAAUUUCUUUCUUUUUUGCAUGGAUAAGUUAUCUUACUUGUUUUUCUUUAAUUAUUGCAAUACCAGGAUUGAUUCUUUAAAUAUAUGUCAUUAUAUAUGACUUCUAAUCUGAAAUAUUACCAUAUUGGGUAUUGAUUGUAACAAUUUGGUCAACUGUAUAAACAGAAUUAUGGAAAAGAAAAACUUCAGAAAUUAAUACAAGAUGGGGUUGUAUUGAUUAAAUGCUUUAAGCUGAAUCCUCUUAUUAUGAAGGUCCUUUGAAAGAUAAAUUCUCAGGUGAUGAAGAAAUAAAUAAUAUAAGUAAAAAAUUAACAAAGCAUCAACAAAUAACAAAAAUGGCAGCUUAUUUUGCUAUUUUUUUAGUUUUAUUAGCUGUUUUUCUUUUUGGAAGUUUUGCUAUUGUUUACGGAAUAGAUUUACUUAGAAGAGAUGUUUAAUCUUAUAAAGGUGUAGUAUUUUUACUAGGUGCUUUGUAGGCAAUUUCUAUUCAAAUAUUAAAUAUAUUAUUUCAUUAUUUCUCUAAAUGGUAUGCUGAUUAAGAAAAUCAUAAAUUUGAAUUAAGUUAUGAAAAAUCUUUAAUUUAUAAGAAUGUAUUUUUUAGAUUCAUAAAUUCAUAUAUGCCUUUAGUAUAUAUUAUAGUUACUGGAUAAGAUUAUGGUUUAGAAGAUAUUUUUUAUUUUCUUAUUCCAUUAGUUCUUGUUAAAAAAGCAUAUUAUAUAUUAAUUGAUUUUUUGAUUCCUGCAUUAUUUAUUCGGGCAAAAAUAAGAAUUUAUUUUUAAAAAGUGAAAGAAGCUUAUUAAACAUAAAAAGAAAAGAGAAAAAACAAUAAUAAAUAAUUAAAUUAUUUGGAUGAAAUUGAAUAAUUUUGGAUUUAUGAUGAAUUCAAAAAAAAUUAUAAUAUAUAAAAUUAAUCAUAAGAAGAUAUGAUUGAAAUUUCAUUUUUAGAAUCUGCAUCUAGAACUGUACUUAAAGUAGAAAGUGAGGAAAUAAUAGCGGAAAAGUUAUUAGAACAAAUUUAGAACCAAAAAUUAAUUUAUCAACCUUUUGAAACAAAGAUUGAUACUGAUGCUAUUGAAUUAAAUUCAUUUAAAGAAGAUUUUGGAGGAACAUUAGAUUAUUUUAUGGAGGCUGUUACUGAUUAUGGAUACUUUAUUUUAUUUUCAGCUGCUUUUCCAAUAGGUCCUUUUAUAGGGAUAAUCAUAAAUAUAGUAGAAAUUCAAAUGAAACUUUAUAAAUUAAUUUAUAUGACUAAAAGAAUAAAAAGUGAAAGGAUGCCUGGAAUUGGUUAAUGGUUAAAUAUUUUAGAAUUUUUAAGCGCAAUUGGUGUAUUUACUAAUUUUGUUUUAUUAUAUUUUAAACAUAAAGAUGCUACUUUAAAGAUGUUUACUAAUGAUAUUAAUUAAAUUAAAGAUUAUGACUUAGAAUUAUGGUAUUUUAUAAGUUGUGUGAUUGCAGUAACUUUAAUAAAAAUUCUAGUUAGAGAAUUGAUACCAGAUAGGCCAGAUUGGGUAAUAGAAGAGAUUGAUAAAAUAAAUCACAGGGAAUUGGUUGAACAAUAAGAAAAAGCAAAAUAAAAAUUAAAGGAGAUGUAAGAGCUUCUUUUACACUUAAGGUAUUUUAUUAAAAAAUAUAUUAAGAGAUGAAAAUACUAAAUUGGAAAAGGAAACAGAUGAAUAAGAAAAUAAAAGUUAAUUUGAAAUGAAAUAGUUGGAUGCUGAAAUAAAUAAAUUAGAAUUGUAGUUUUAAAAUAUAUCCAGAUAUAAGAAGAUUGAUAAAAUAAUAAUUACAGAGUAUGAUAUGAUAGUAUUAAAUGUACUAAAAAAUAGAUAUUAUCAAUUCGAUAAUAUUUUAUUGACAAAAAGAUUACUUUAAUUAAUUGAAAUGAGAUCUUGUAUUAUUUAAGUUUGUUAAGAGUGUGGUAAAAGUCCAGCUAUUCUUGAAUGUUUAGAAUGUUAAGAAAAUUUUUGUGCAUAAUGUUAUUAAAAGUUUCAUUCUAUUAUUCGAUAAAUGCAGCAUUAAGUAAAAUUAAAUGUGAAGAAAAAUUAAAUUUUAGAGUAAAUUGAAUUAAAUGUGGUAUAAAUUGAAAAGGUAUAAAAAUAAGUAACAACAGAAUUAUAAAAAUAAUUAAAAAAAUAAAUAGAGGUUGCACAUCCUAAAAGAAAUUGGAAGAAAAUAGAAUAUUUCUACAUACCUUUAUAAUUACAAAGUGGAUAACCAAAAUUAAAUGAUUUGUAUAAAGAAUUUGGAGAUUUUUAUAUAAAAAGUACAGGCUUAGAAUUUAGAGACUUUACAAUAUCUAUAGAAAAGAUUCUUCCAGUUAAAGAUGUAAGAAUAGUUGAUGAUCCAACAUUAAGAAUAGAAGACAAAAUUUUUUUGAAUCGAAUAGCUUUUUAAUUAUUUAGUAAAAAAAAGGAUUCUGCUGAAAUUUAAUAAUUCUUGAAAUAAUGUUAAAUUCUAUAAACAGGAUAAUUGGAAUAAAGAAUCUUUAUGUUCUUUGAUUUCAUAGAUAUUAAUGAAGAUGAAUAAAUAUAAAAGAGUGAAUUAGAGAGUUUAUUUUUAGUAUCUUUUGUUUAGGAUGUGAGAACAAAUAAAAGAGUUUAUGAAAUAGUUGAUUAAUUCUUUACAAAUAAUACACAAGUAAGAUUGAAAAGGGAUAUAUCCUAAGAAUUUUUUAAUAAAAUGAAUCGAAGUGAAGAAUUUCGAACAUUUUUAGAAGCCUUACUCUAAGUAUAAAGUGUAAAAUGUUGA